UGCUGCUAAGACAGAGAGAAGGGUCUUUUGACUGAGCUUAGUCGGCAAAAGCCGUGGUGUAAUUCUCUUUAAUUCAUGAAUACGCGUUGAAUUCAAUUUUCAUCCUUACCCAACACCCAACACCCAACACGUUCUUCCUUGUUAAGCUUAUCAUCAACCAUUCAACUCUUACCCUUUUCAAAAGAUCCACUCAACUCUAUAUAUAUUUUUCAUUUCCCAUAUUUUUUUUUUUAUCAUUUUUUCUCUUCAGUGUUAGAUCAUCGCCCUCUUUUUUAAACGUUAGUUAGUGGAAGGUUUUGAAUUGCGUCUUUGAUUGGAAUAUCUGACUUUAUAAUUGGGCAAGUUUGAAGUUUUCAAAGAGGCAGAAGUAGCAUGGGUUUAUAGUUUAUUUUUAAGGAGAGGAAAUUCCCAGGUUUGUUAUUGGCAGAAGACAAAAGAUUGGUACAUGAAUAUUAGUUGGUGACUUGCAUGAUGGAGUUGUGGUUGGAGGAUAUAGUGAAUUAGUAAUCGUGGUUUGUUAUUGAAGGAUAAUAAUAUCGGAUAGUUGAAUAAUAAUAAUAAUAUAGCUUUGUUCUGCAACAUGGGGUGCGGAAUUUCCAAGAGUGCAGCUGUGGAUGACAGUAGGGAAGGUGUGACAAGGGAAUUGGCUUCAUCUAGCAAAAGGGUCUCAGAGAUGAAGGCUUCUGCAUUGAAUUCCAAGAAAAGGGUCGAUGGAGUUUGGAGAAAAGAUGAGGUUUUGGAUGGUGCUGAUAUGAAAGUUUCAUUGAUUGACAAGAAAUCCAAUGGUUCCAUUCGGUUUUGUGGUGAUCAGAAUGGGGAGAGGCCUGAAUUGGCUGUUAUUGAUCAUCCUGGUCUUGGAAGGGUUCCAAAGGGUUUAGAAGGAGAGCAAGUUGCAGCAGGGUGGCCAACUUGGCUUUCUUCUGUUGCUGGUGAAGCUAUCCAAGGGUGGAUACCACGGAGUGCGAAUUCUUUUGAGAGGUUUCAUAAAAUUGGUCAAGGAACCUACAGUACUGUGUAUAAGGCACGUGAUGUGACUCACCAAAAGAUUGUAGCAUUGAAGAGGGUGCGCUUUGAUAAUUUUGAUGCUGAGAGCGUCAAGUUUAUGGCAAGGGAAAUCCUUGUUCUGCGUAGGCUUGACCAUCCAAAUGUAAUAAAGUUGGAAGGCUUGAUAACAUCAUGGACAUCUCGCAACUUGUACCUUAUUUUUGAAUACAUGGAACAUGAUCUUACGGGACUUGCAUCCAGUACGAAGUUUUCUGAACCACAGGUUAAAUGCUACAUGCAGCAACUUCUUAGUGGAUUAGAUCAUUGUCAUAGUCGUGGUGUCCUCCACCGUGACAUAAAGGGCUCAAAUCUUCUCAUUGACGAUAAUGGCAUCUUAAAGAUUGCAGAUUUUGGUCUGGCAAAUUUUAUUGACCCCCAUCAUAAUGUUCCAUUGACCAGCCGUGUAGUAACACUGUGGUAUAGACCACCAGAACUUUUACUUGGAGCAUCUAAUUAUGGAGUUUCUGUAGAUUUGUGGAGCACUGGUUGCAUACUGGGGGAACUAUAUUGUGGCAGGCCUAUACUGCCUGGAAAAACAGAGGUUGAGCAAUUGCAUAGGAUUUUUAAACUUUGUGGCUCACCAUCUGAGGACUAUUGGCGUAAGCUGCGGUCGCCACAUUCAACAGUAUUCAAGCCUCCCCACCAUUAUAGGCGUUGUGUUGCUGAAAUAUUUAAAGAAUAUCCAUCUACUGCCACAAGGCUUAUAGAAACCCUGCUUUCUUUAGAUCCCACACUCCGAGGAACAGCAGCUACAGCCCUAAAGAGUGAGUUCUUUUCAUCGGAACCCCUUGCUUGUGAUCCAUCAAGUUUGCCAAAAUAUCCUCCUAGCAAAGAGAUUGACAUUAGAUUGCGGGAAGAAGCAACAAGGCAUGGACCUAAUGCGGGAAAGGAGCACAAAGUUAGACCAGGAGUUCGACAAGAGAAAGAACCUCAAACAUUUAUAUUAUCCAAAGACAAUGCUCACUCUCGCAUAUCAAUGCAGCAAGGGAAACACCAUCCAAACUCAAGGAGCCGGAAUGAAUUCUUCAACCCUCACCAAGAACCCGUGUCUGGACAUUUGGUUUUUCCGCACAAACAGUCAGAAGAGCAUACAGAAAGGGUAAAUUAUUUCUCUGGGCCUCUUUAUCGUAGGCCUUUGCAUUCAGGUCCAUUGAUUCCAGGUUAUGGCUUGGAAAUGGCUAGAAAAGAAGUUGGUGAGCAGCCUUCUAUUUCAAACAAAAUCAGCCUACCAAAAUUAUCCGGGUUAGUGGCAUUUAGGACUUCCUCGCAUGAAGAUAAAAAAGAAAACCCAAUUCCCUUUAAGUACCAAGAAACAAUUCAAGUACAAAAAUCCUUGCAGUCAUCUAAUGUAUCAGAGUCAAGAAGAAGGCGCGAUAGAACUGAUCUCAGGCAAAUCGAAAACGAGAAAGUCUCAACUGAAACAUCACUUCGGGAAGUACAUGGGUCCAUAGGAAACAACAUCCACCUCUCUGGUCCAUUACUGGUUUCAUCAAACAAUAUGGAUCAUAUGCUCAAAGAGCGUGAUCGAAAGAUCCAAGAAUAUUCGAGACGAUCACGGAUUUUCAAGUUAGGUGAUAAAGCUCGUGCAAAGCAAAAGUAGGAUUAUUACAUACUUUUUGCAGCUAGAUACAUUUUUUAAUGACAGCAUUAUUUAUCUCAAAAUUAUAAAUGGGGAGGGGGGAGAGUGUGUUCAUGCACGCUCGUCAUGUAAAUUACAAAUUGUGCAAAGUGCAGGCUUUUAUAAUAAGAAUUUGAUGUUCCUUCCAUUUUCAUGUUU